AUGAGUAGAUUCUUUGCUACCGGCUCGGAUUCCGAGUCCGAUACAUCGUCCGAAGAAGAACAGGUUAUCCGCCAACCAACAGCGAAUUUCACAUUCAGCGAUGAUGAAGAAGAUACAAAACGUAUUGUACGGUCACUAAAAGAAAAACGAUAUGAAGAAUUGACAAUGACAAUUAAGCAGAUCAGAAAUCAUAAGAAAAUCAAAGAUAUGAGUAGCUUGCUGACCAGCUUUGAGGAACUAACCCGUGCAUACACUAAAGCAUUCAAUGCGGUUAUACUAAAAGAAGAAAAUGGAAUAGCACCACGUUUUUUUGUCCGUUGCUUAGUUGAAAUGGAAGAUUUUAUUAAUGAUGUUUGGGAUGAUAGAGUGGGACGUAAAAAUUUAUCAAAAAAUAACUCUAAAAGUUUGGCUUCUCUUAGACAAAAAUUUAGAAAGUAUGUAAAAGAUUUUGAGAGCGAUUUAAUUAAAUUCCGAGAAAAUCCUGAUCUACCGGACCAAGAAGAAGACCAAAAAGAAGAUGAAGAUGUAGAUUCUGAUCAAAGUAAAAGUGAAGAUGAAGCUCCAGCUGCUUCUUUCAAGAAAACUGAAGAAAAAAUACCUAAGGCUCCAAAAGCUGGUGGUGAUUCUGACAGUGAUGAUUCGUUUGAUUGGGGCAGUGACUCUGAAAGUUCUUCUUCUAGCAGUGAAGAUGAAGGUCAAUAUCAAAGUAUAAGAGAACGGUUUUUGAAAAAAUCAACUGAUAAAGACGAUGAUGAAAAGAAAGAAAAGAAAAAAGAACGCAAGGAAAAACCUAAAAAAUUAAAACGAGAAGAAGAAGAUGAAAGUGAUUCUGAAUGGCAAAAAGUGCGAAGAGGAGUAGCUAUUCCGUCUGAAAAACCAAAAAUGUUUGCAAAAGAUGCAGAAAUUACUCCAGAAGCUGUUUUACGUAAAUUAACUGAAGUAAUUGCUGCUCGUGGAAAGAAGCGUACAGAUCGAAGAGAACAAAUUGAACUGUUACAUGAAUUGUUGUUGAUUUCAGAAGCUCAUAGUUUAGGACUAGGAUUAAGAGUAAAAAUAAAAAUGUCAAUUAUUUCUUCUAUUUUUGAUUACAAUCCUAAAGUAUCUGAUGCUAUGAAACCAGAAAUUUGGAGCAAAUUAUUGGAUUGUAUUGUUGAACUUCUGGACUUAAUUCUUCCUGUUAAAGACACAAUAUUUAUUGGAGAAUCAGUAGCAGAAGAUGCUGAAACUUUAGACAAGCCUACUUUUAGAGUACGAGGAUGUGUGCUUACAAUUGUUGAACGAUUGGAUGAAGAAUUCACAAAACUUUUGAAAGAAUGUGAUCCUCACAGUAAUGAUUAUGUACAAAGAUUGAAGGAUGAAAAACGUGUUUGUGAAAUCAUUGAUAAAGUUCAACUGUUUUUGGAACACCAAAAUAUUGAGUCAGAAGUUUGUCGUAUUUAUAUGCGAAAAAUUGACCAUCUCUACUACAAAUUUGAUCCACUUGUAUUAAAGCAAAAGAAGGGAGAAAUACUUGCAUCACAUAAAACAAAUGUUCAAAUAAUGGAGAACUUAUGUAAAUAUAUUUAUGACAAAGAUUCUACAGAUCGUUUGAGAACUAGAGCAAUUUUGUGUCAUGUAUAUCAUCAUGCCUUACAUGAUAACUGGUUCCAAGCGAGAGAUUUAGUACUUAUGUCUCAUUUACAAGAAACCAUUCAACACUCUGAUCCUGCCACCCAGAUUCUUUACAAUCGUACCAUGGCACAUAUUGGCUUGUGUGCAUUUCGUCAAGGUAACAUAAAAGAUGCGCACAACUGUUUAGUUGAUCUAAUGAUGACUGGUAAAGUGAAAGAGUUAUUAGCCCAGGGAUUGUUACCACAAAGACAACAUGAACGUAGCAAAGAACAAGAAAAAGUUGAAAAACAAAGACAAAUGCCUUUCCAUAUGCAUAUUAAUUUAGAACUCUUGGAAUGCGUGUACCUGGUGUCAGCUAUGCUUAUUGAAAUUCCAUAUAUGGCUGCUCAUGAGUUUGAUGCUCGGCGACGUAUGAUUUCCAAAACAUUUUAUCAACAACUACGUUCUAGUGAACGUCAGUCUUUAGUUGGUCCUCCAGAAUCAAUGAGAGAACAUGUUGUUGCUGCUAGUAAAGCAAUGAGAAAUGGAAAUUGGUCUGCAUCCCGUAAUUUUAUAAUCAACGAAAAAAUGAAUGCCAAGGUAUGGGAAUUGUUCUAUGAAAGUGAUAGAGUAAGAGAUAUGUUAGAACGUUUGAUUAAAGAAGAAUCUUUGCGUACAUACCUGUUUACUUAUUCUCAUGUUUACAACUCUAUAUCAAUGAAGACAUUAUCAGAGAUGUUUGAACUCCCAAAAAGCACCACUCAUUCUAUUAUCUCAAAAAUGAUAAUUAAUGAAGAAUUAAUGGCUUCUCUUGAUGAUCCCACACAAACAGUUGUUAUGCAUCGUAGUGAACCUAGUAGGUUACAAUCACUUGCUCUACAAUUGGCUGAUAAAGUUAAUAACUUUGUGGACUCCAAUGAAAGGAUUUUUGAAAUGAAACAAGGAAACUUUUUCCCAAGAGACCGCAAUCAAAAUCAAGGACAAUAUAGACAAAACUUUGGUCGGCAAGGUGGUGGUGGACAUGGUGGGCAUGGUGGGCACGGUGGCCAUGGAGGACAUGGUGGACAUGGUGGACAGGAUUGGAAUAGACAACGAAGAGAUAACCGUAAUAAUUAUUAACAGUCUUAAUCAAAUAGUUAUUAUUUUCUUUUUCAUGAAUAUUACAGUUAUAAGUAUAAACUCAAACCUUAUAGGAAAAUAUUUCUGUUCAACUUUUAUAUUGAAUGAAAUUGGUAUAGAAUACAUUUUUAUUCUAUACAAAUGAAAUAUUUGAAAUUUACAAUUAAAUAUUAUUUAUUAAUAUUUCAA